AUGAAUGCCGCUGACGAGGACCUGGACAAUAAGCUCCAGAAGAUCUCUACUGAUCUCCUCGCUGACCUUGGCAAGGCCCUCAUCACACAUCUCCGCAAGCCUGAUGGCAGCGGCGGCACGAGAGUGAGGUCCUCUGUCCGCGCCCGAGAAGCAUUUUCGGCGACAUGCGACGUCAUCGACAACUUCCAAGAGCUCCCUCAGCUGCUCGACCCUUAUUUACCCAAAUGGAUCCCGCUUCUGGCCCAAUCGUACCUGGAGGACCUGACGAACCCGCGCCGCGCCGUCGCCCAGCGCGACAAUAGCGCCAAGUCUAAAGCCCUGGUCCCAGUCUCGUUUGCCAUUGCCAGGAUACUCUACACCUUCUGCAAGGUCCGCGGCGAAAAGGUAAUUGUGCGCUUCUUGAACGCCGAGGCCAAGUACCUCGAACUGUUGCUGUCCUCCAUCGAAGAGGCAGAACUGCAAGUGGCGGCGGCAGCCGCGGGCUCGGCUGUCCUUGAUCCCAGCGAUGUGCAGUUCACGCCCGCGGCGGGGUGGGCGUGGGAGCAGAGGUACAUUGUACUCUUGUGGCUGUCGCAUCUGCUCUUUGCGCCCUUUGACCUGGCUACCAUUUCCUCAGUCGAGUUGGAAGAGGAUGCUGUGCCGCAGAUUGACGGGCUGCAGCUGCGCGAAAAGCUGCCCGGCAUCACGCUACGCAUUCUGCCGCUGGCCAUCAAGUAUCUCGCCACGGCUAGCAAGGAGCGCGAUGCAGCCAAGGCGCUGCUCGUGAGAAUGGCCAUGCGCAAGGACAUGCAGGCCCUGGGCGUCCUGGACAGCCUCAUUGCUUGGGCCCUCGCCUCGCUCCGGCCGCAAAAGGGCGUGGAGCCGCAGCAGACUUACUUUUACCUCGGCGUGCUCUCUUUUCUGGCUGGCAUUCUGCGAUUGUCCUCUGAGACAUCUGACAUGGACGCUCAUCUUUCCUCCAUCUUCAAUGCAGUCCACGCCCUUACUUUCAACGACACCAAUGUAUCCAAGGCUGUCAAUGCACUGGCGCUGGCGCGGAAAAUGAUCAUCAAGGUUGUCCGCUCAGUGGUGGUGACGUCCCUGCGAAGAAGUAGUCAGGAUAUGCAGAGCAUGGAAAGGACGGAAACGGCGAUUGGAUACCUGCUGGAAAGCCUGUCUGACAAUGACACACCGGUGCGCAUGUCCGCAAGCAAGUCUCUGAGCGUUCUCACUCUCAAGCUUGACCCCGACAUGGCUUCCCAGGUUGUCGAGGCCGUGCUUGAGUCGCUGAACCGCAACGUGCUAUGGAACAAGGAAGAAAUUCAGAAGGGUGGACGACCUGUGCGUGAUUUAUCGGCCGUCAAUCACCUGGAGUGGCACGGCCUCGUCCUCACGCUCUCCCACCUUCUUUACCGGCGGUCACCGCCCGCGAACCAGCUGUCUGAUAUCAUACAUGCCCUGCUUCUUGGACUCUCCUUUGAGCAGCGAUCUUUGGCUGGCACCAGCGUUGGCGCCAACGUCCGCGAUGCGGCGUGCUUUGGCGUCUGGGCGAUUGCUCGUCGCUACACCACUGCCGAACUACUCGCCGUCCCAACCCAAUCUGUCUUCGCCGCCAAGGCACACCCUCCAGACAACUCCAUCAUCCAGGUUCUCGCCACGGAGCUGGUUACCGUGGCCUGUCUGGACCCCUUUGGAAACAUCCGCCGCGGCUCGUCGGCCGCUCUGCAGGAGCUCACUGGCCGCCACCCAGACACGAUCGAGCAAGGCAUUUCGGUUGUGCAGAGCGUAGACUACCAUGCUGUUGCCAGACGCUCGAGGGCUAUACAAACAGUAGCAUCGAAUGCCACGCAUCUUGCAAGCCAAUAUGGCGAAUCUCUCCUGCAUGGCAUCCUAGGCUGGCGUGGCGUUGGCGACAUGGAUGCCCCGUCCCGGCGAGAUUCUGGUGUCGCCUUCGGUGCUUUGACUACUAUAAUGCGAGAGCACUCAACACUAGAUACCAACCGGUUCGAAAUUUCCCUCAACAUGAUAUUGGACAGACUUCAGGGCUUGGCAACAAGAAAAGUUGAAGAGCGUCAUGGUCUACUACUGUGUCUCUCCUCUGUUUUGGAUCAGUUCCCAGGAUUUCAAAGCUCUACUGUAGCAGGUAUCGAAUUGGCUACCUUUACCGUCACUGCAAUCUGCCAUGUUUUACACGAUUGCCAUUAUACUACUUAUAGACGGCCGGAGCUCGUCGCAGAGGCAGCAAGUCGGGUCGCUGUGUCUACCACACCUCUCCUACAGGUUUUAAUAGGCUACAACGGAAUGGGUAAUGUCCUCGAGCCCGGGGCAGAGUUUUUGUCUCCCAGGCGGACCGACCAAUGCAUCGUCGGGUUUCUCACCGAGGUUCGCAGCCAUGUACCGCGAACUACCCCGCUGGUCCAGUUUGCUGAGACGCUUGCAAAAUCCAUUACCGCGUGGCUCGACUUUCCUGAACCCGAGACCAUCGAGGCGGCCUCCACGGCGGCCCUGCUCCUCCUGGUGAUCUCGACAGAUGAGGACCGUACCAGGCUCCUGCUGGAAUGGGCCAAGCUCGUGCAGUACCGCCCUGCAAGCCGUGCGGCCAUAAUUGGCCAGGGCUACUUCCACGUGCUGGCGAUGGCCCAACCGCUGGCUGAGGCGACCUCACAGCACGCCGAGUGGGACGACGUCGUGAGCGAGGCAUUUGUCGCACGCUGGAUCGCCGACCGACAGGUGGAAACGCGAGUGUCCCUCCUACAGAGCUUGACGCGCACGCGCGUGCUGCGCAGCAAGCCGCUCGCCUUCCUGGCACUCCUCGUUGACGGCCUGAACGACUACACGACAAAUGCGCGCGGAGAUGUCGGCUCGCAGGUGCGUGUGCAGGCACUCAAAGCUGUCCAGGUGCUCUGGGCAGACAUUGCGGACGCGACCGGGGAGGAAGAUUGGGUGGUGCAGUCUGUGCAAAAGCUAUUCUACAGCAUCCUACGCCUGUCGGUGGAAAAGCUGGACAAGGUCCGGCCAGAAGCGCAAUUCGCGCUGUCUUUGAUGAUACAAAAGAGGUACUGCCAUUUGUUGUUUGCAACAACCGCACCGAUUAGUUCGCUGACUCCCAGUACUACAUACUUUACCACGAUCCUCGAACUCCUCCCACGCGGUCAUUUGCUCAAGUCCGUCGCCGCGACCGCCAUGUCGGAUCCGGUAUCGUGGACGUCGCAGCUCAUGGCCGGCUUCGUCACGUCGGCCGACACGGGGCAGGAGGAGCUCGUCAUCACCAGCCGCGCGGCCCUCGUAUCCUUUUGCCAAGCCAGUCCCGACCAUCUGGUGCAGGUCUGCGGCGCACUCGCGCACAACCUCGCGGCCUACCGCAGCGAGGACCGCGUGGUGGUGCCGACACUCGAGGUGAUGGCGUACCUCUUCCACACGGGGCUUUGCCGGGCCGACACACUUGACCUGCGUGGCCUCUGCCUGCAGACGCAAAAGGCCGGCUACAGGACGGGCAAUCUGCGCAAGAUUAUGGCGUGUAUCCGGGUGUAUGGCUGCGUGGCAGGGGCGGAGGGGCAGGGGCAGGGGCAGGGGCAGGGGGAGGGGGAGGUGAAUGGGGAUGAGGGCCCGCGCGAGGCGAGGAAGAGGCUAGGCGCGCUCAUGUUCCAUCCGUGGCCGAGGGUGCGCAUGGCUGUGGUUGAUGAGCUCUGGGGGCUCUUGGGCGGCGGCGGCGGCGAGAACGGCGGUGCGGAUGUCUUGCUAGGCGUAGAUUGGGGCAAUGCGGACAGAAACAGCAUCAUGUAUAUGGUGGGGAAACUUCAAUUAGUAUAG